AAAGAAAAAAAAAAGACAACUGAUGUAAUGAGAACAGACAAGAGAGCAGAUCAGAUGUGAAGUCAACUUCUUCUCUCUCCUCUCACUCACAAUCUUCACUAACACAUAAGCAACAGUUUCAACCCUCUCUAGCCUCAGAAAUGGAACCGGAUGUUUCUAACCGGAAAGAGUCUCGUCUCGAUUGUUCCUCCGGUGGUGGGGCGAGGUAUAAGCUGAUGUCUCCGGCCAAACUCCCGAUCUCAAGAUCGCCUUGCAUCACCAUUCCUCCUGGUUUGAGUCCAACUUCGUUUCUUGAAUCUCCUGUUCUUCUCUCCAACAUCAAGGCAGAACCUUCACCAACUACAGGUUCAUUGUUCAAACCUCAUGCAGUUCACGCUAACUCGAACUCCUUUACAACAAUUCAUCAGAAUAUCUUGGACGAGAAAAAGUCUAGUGAAUUUGAGUUUAGACCUUCUGCAUCAUCCACUAUGUUAUAUGCAGAGCUAGACAAGCAGAGAAGUGAGACACCACUCCAAGGUCACAGUAUCAAACACUCACCAUCUUCACCCAUUGAGAUAAGUCCACAAACUGCUGUUCCUCAUCAGACAACACCGUCAGGCUCCCAGAGACCUGAUCAAGAUGAAUCCAGAGGAAGUGCGCAGUCUAUCUUGGCUGAUGAUGGAUAUAACUGGAGAAAAUACGGUCAAAAGCUCGUCAAAGGAAGUGAGUUUCCACGGAGUUAUUAUAAAUGCACGCAUCCUAACUGUGAAGUGAAAAAGGUUUUCGAAAGGUCACACGAAGGACAGAUUACAGAGAUUGUAUACAAGGGAACACAUGACCAUCCUAAACCUCAACCGAGUCGUAGGAACUCAUGUGGUCUUGUUAUGUCUGCAGCACAAGAAGAUAGACUGGAAAAGUAUUCUUCUCCUAAUGGCCGAGAUGAGAAAGGAUAUACACUGUACAACAUGUCUCCUCCUGUAGAAAAAAACGGAAAUGAUGAUGGUGGAGACCUUGAUGGCGUGGACGAGAAUGAUCCAUUCUCAAAACGAAGGAAGGUGGAUGGGGAAAUGGAAAUAACAGCACUUAUGAAACCAAUAAGAGAGCCUCGUGUAGUUGUUCAAACUCUGAGUGAAGUUGACAUAUUGGAUGAUGGGUAUAGGUGGCGUAAGUACGGUCAGAAAGUUGUAAGAGGCAACCCUAAUCCCAGGAGCUAUUAUAAAUGCACGGCUAAUGGAUGUCCAGUGAGAAAACAUGUGGAGAGAGCGUCGCACGAUCCAAAAGCUGUUAUAACCACAUACGAAGGCAAACACAAUCAUGAUGUACCAGUGGCAAGGUCUAACAACAACAACAAUAACCAUGAGUUGUCUGCACCACUAAGAUUCAGACCAGAAGAGACCACAGACACAGUCAGCCUCGACUUGGGUGUUGGAAUCGCAUCUGACCAUACAUCAAAUGAACAAGAAGAAAAUAUUCGUUCUGAAUUUGUACAUCAAACUCAAACCAAUGGAGCUAAUGGAUUCAGGUUUGUUCAUGGACCUCCCAUGGGAUCUUAUUAUGCUAAUAGCUUAAACGCUGGCAUGAAUCAUCAAUAUAACAACGGCUCGAGAUAAACUGGAAGCGAGACUCAAACAGGUGACAUCUCGUCCUCUUACUCGUAUCCACAUAACAUAGGGAGAAGAAUACAAUCUGGUCCCUAGAGGAGGAUGGUCUCAACAAGCCAACCAAAGUAACAUAAAAGAAGAGAAAAUCAAAAGCUCUUUGCUCUUUGCUUCCACUCAUUAUCUUGAUUUUUCUUAGGUUAGGAAUGGAACAAAACUGUUCUUUGUAAUCUUAUAAUCUAUGAUCUAUCUAUAUAUAUGUAUAUCAUGACACACUAAGAUAGAGAAAGAGAGAUAUACUGGUCUUGAUUUUAAACUUAUCUCCCAACAGAUUUGUUUGUUUUUGUUUUUUUUCUUGUAUACCAAAACGUGUUGUAAAAGUACACAAAUGUUUAAUAGUAAAUAAGAAUCUCUACGUUUGGCC